UACGUGCGUGUGGUUUCUUGCAAGCGAAGUAGCAAGAAGAAGAGUCGUCCCUAGUUUCGCCCUCAGCCUCGAUAUCAGCCUCUGCUGCUGCUGCUGCUCCGGAUUGAAAAUUCUCGCUCCGUUCCGUUAUCUUUUACAGUGAACUGUCAUGGGCGUGUCUGAGACCCGCUUCGUCCAGGAGCUAGUCCUCUACGCGGCGAGCGCCGCUCUCAGCUGUCUCGUCCUGUUCGCCGGGCUCCGCCAUCUGGAUCCGAACCGGGCCGCCUCCAAGAAAGCCCAAGAACAGAAGAAGGAAAUCGCCAGGCGUUUGGGCCGGCCCUUGGUCCAAACCAAUCCCUACGAGGAUGUUAUAGCAUGUGAUGUUAUAAAUCCUGACCAUAUCGAUGUGGAGUUCGAGUCUAUUGGAGGAUUGGAAAAGGUUAAGCACGCAUUAUACGAACUUGUGAUCCUUCCAUUGCGGAGACCUGAAUUGUUUGCACAUGGGAAGCUUCUUAGUCCACAGAAAGGAGUACUGCUGUAUGGACCACCUGGAACUGGAAAAACUAUGCUUGCCAAGGCCAUAGCAAAAGAGUCCGGUGCUGUUUUUAUCAAUGUCAGGAUAUCUAAUCUGAUGAGCAAAUGGUUUGGUGAUGCACAAAAACUUGUGGCUGCUGUAUUCAGUUUGGCUUAUAAACUCCAGCCUGCUAUUAUAUUUAUUGAUGAGGUUGACAGUUUUUUGGGGCAACGCCGCACUACAGACCAUGAAGCCUUGACUAACAUGAAAACUGAGUUCAUGGCUUUGUGGGAUGGUUUUACCACUGACCAGAAUGCUCGGGUGAUGGUUCUGGCAGCAACCAACCGUCCACAAGAACUUGAUGAAGCAAUACUCCGGCGUCUUCCCCAGGCCUUUGAAAUUGGGGUACCUGACUGCAGCGAGAGAGCCAAGAUACUGAAAGUGAUAUUGAAGGGUGAGAAAGUAGAAGAGAACAUUGACUAUGAUCGCAUCGCCAGCUUAUGUGAGGGCUAUACUGGUUCAGAUCUGCUCGAACUCUGCAAGCAAGCAGCCUACUUUCCUCUCAGAGACCUGCUGCGUGAUGAAAGGAACGGUCAAGCAUCUCAUGGGCCAAGGAUGCUGACACAGUCAGACCUGGAGAAGGCUCUAUCGACAUCAAGAAUGGCGAGAGCUACGACAAGUGAAUAUAGAUUAGGCUCAAACUCAGCUGCAUGGUCAAGGAACAGAGAGCAAGAUGAUGAUCAGGUCCAGAUUGCUAUCUCGGAGCUCUCUAAGCUUAUGUCCCGUAUUGUCAACAUUCAAUCAGAAGCCCAAGAUCCCUAGAAUCUGUUUUUUUGAAGGCAUUUGGCAUCCUCACCGGAAUAGGAAUUACGCAUUUUGAAGUACUGCUCUCAAAUGAUACCCUGAUGCAAUUUUUAGCCUUUUGCUCUUUUGGUGGGUUCCCACCAUAAAUCUGACUUGUUCAGUCUUUUCCAAUAUGUCAUAAUCAUUUGUCCUGAUUGGUUAAAGUCAGUGGCUACUUCUGAUUACAAGUUUAUCAUUUUAUAACACGAUAUUCUAUAAGUGGUUAUUUCUCUUUUCCA